AUGGCAUUACUAAAACGACCCUUAACCAAGGAAACGGCGACAAUUGUUGAAAAUAACAACAACAACAACCAUAAUAAUAAUAUUAACAAUAACAACUGCGGCAGUAAAGUUGACACAGAAUAUGAAACAGCUGUUAAACGCAAAAAACGUUGCUCACGUGAUGAUGAUGCCAACAACAACAUAACAACCAGUACAGCGAGCAUUAAACAGGAAGACAAAACCCUGUCCUUGCCACAGAAAAAACGUACGAUAAACUCGAACAUAGAUUUUGCCAAAACCACCAGCAAUAGUGAAGAUCAAGACGAUGAGACUUUGAUUAGAGAGACACAGGCAGCUUUGAAAAGUUUAUCGGGUUCUUGGCCAGAGGCUCGUAAUAAUCCCUAUCGUUUAAACGAACAAGAUGAAAAUCCACCGCCAUUUCAAAAUCUCUUCGAGGAGAAACAAAAGUAUGAAAACUUUACAAAAUUUAACACUGAUGAAACGUCUACUUACAGUUCACUUGACCUCUUACGUUUUCACAGACAAAAGGAAAAUGAUCAGGCCCGUUUGAAUACCCAAGAUGAGUUGCCGGCCUAUGAGGAUCGCAAAAAGAGUGCCUUCUCUCAGUCGUCCGCCUUUAAGCCACCCCUAGAUAUUAAACGCAAUGGUGUUAUUGGUUAUUCCUCGCAUGUCAAUAGCCCUCACUAUCCAUCCUCGUAUGCUGCAGCGGAAUCAACCACAACCGGUUAUUUGAGUUAUCCUCCACCACCACCACUACCACCUCCUUCCUCUACCAACACAAUUAGCACACAAAAUACUCACUCUCACGCCACCGCUUCCCUAUUGGCAACACGUUCUCCCUAUGAGGAUAAAAAUUCUUUAGAAUCUCUGAAAACUGAAAGCGAUACGAUUCAUAAUGGCCACAACAAGGCUCUGGAAGAUGACAAACAUUACACCACUUUACAGCCAGCUGGUGUGGGCAGUCGUGCUGCUUCCGUUAUGCAAGAUAUAAAUCGUGAUACUUCUGUAUCGCUUAGUUUAUCAUCGUCGGACACACAAGUAUCAUCGACAGCCAAUUUAAUACCUCAGCCUACUUACUCGCCGGGCAGUUUAAAUCGUGAUUCUAAAAAGAUAACCUCCAAUCAAUAUUUGAACAACAACAAUAGCAAUUGUAUUAACAACAACAACAACAAUAGCAAUAAGUUGAAUUCCAGUCCUUCGCAUAACAACAACAGCAGUGGCAGCGCCAGCAACAGCAUUAGCAGCAACAACAAUAUGCCCAUUAUUAAAACGGAAUUUAGUCCAGUUGCAAAUAUUAAAUCGGAAUACAAUAAAAGUCCAAUGCAUUCAUAUCUUGCAAAUGAGACAAAUGCCGCGGGUCGUGCCAAUUCCUCAGCGACAGGUUCAGCCAACAAUAACCAAAGUCAGUCGGCUGGCAACUCCACAGCCGGAACUCUCCAGCAACAACAACAGCAGCAACAACAACAGCAACAGUCUUCGCACAACGACAUGAAUCGUUUUGUGGGCAUGCAAACUCACGGCGGCAUUAAUGAUCAACAAAGUCCACACAAUGGCCAGCAACAAACUUUGCACCAACAACGAGGUCCAUUCAUUGAGGGCUCUUCCGGUCUCAUGAUGUCUACGGGCAAUACUGGCGCAUCCGCUGUUACUGAUGGCAAUGAAAGUUAUCACAAUGACCAUCAUGCCCAGCAAAGCAAUGUGCAAGCGGAACAGCAACAGCAGCAGCAGCAACAAUACGAACACAUGCAUCGUUAUGGCCAUCAUGUUACCAAUGGUGAGUCACUUAGCAAACCACCGUCGGCUUAUGGAGCCAGUGAUAUGUUGUCGUCCAGCAAUGGUAAUGCGGGCAAUAUUUCUCCCAACACCCGCAGCUAUGACCCCAAUCCUCCUACUUCAAUAUCCUCCAGUGUUUCCUCUUCGUACGUAGACUCUUCGACAGCCUCUAGUGGUUUGACUACCGCCUUUGAACGUUACGAUCCCAAUUGCAAUGGCCAAAGGCCCUCAAAUAUGUAUCCUUAUCUAUCACAAUCGGCAGAUGAUUUACAGGCGCAACAACAGAAAUAUUUGCAAGACCAGCAAUUGCUAAUGGCCAAAGUAGAGCAUGAUGAAAUGGCCAAUGGUGGUCCCAUAUAUCCCAGGCCUAUGUAUCAUUAUGAUCCCAGCAUGGGACCUUUACCGCCCGGCUUCUCGGCCAUUAAUCUGUCGGUGAAAAUGGCAGCAGCCCAAGCAGCGGCCGCCGCAGCAGCAUAUCAAAAUCAACAACAACAGCAACAACAAAGUCAACAACCUUCUCAAGCCUCGGGCCAACAGGCCUCGCAGCAACAACAACAACAGCAGCAGCAACCCAAACAAAGUGGCUCACCAUCACCGACCACAGCGCCCGUUGUUGAUCUCUCCGGCUCUACUUCGGUCACCUCAUCCAGUCCGCAAGGUUUCAACUCACCAGCUUCUCAUAAUCAAUACAAUCAACGGAUCGGUGCUGGCAGCCCACAGCCGGGUGCCAGUCCCAAUGUAGCCAGCCCCCAAGUGCCAAGUCCCCAGGGUCAAACGUUGGAUCUGACAGUGACCAGACUACCACACAGUAUUAUCACCAGUCCCCAGUAUGGUGCCCAUCCCGAUGGUGUAGUGAUUGGUGCUCAUCCCCAAGGAUUUGGACCCGGAUUGCCGACAUCGGCAGCAAAUGGUACGGCUAGAUCUCCUCCAAUGGAACCUGUUGAUUUUAGUGGUCCUCCUCGUCCUUUAGGCUUUGGUCUCGUUGGUCAUUUAGGUGGUCCCCGGCCGUACAGUCGUGAAUCAACCCCGGACAGUGGUGGCUCCCAUUACAUUGACAGCUAUAGAGAUCCCAGUGGCUACUCACCACAUCCCGGCUAUGGUAUGGUUGUACAGUCUGAUUAUCCCCCAGCUGGUUAUCAUGGUUAUGGAGCAGCUGCAGCAUAUCAAUGUAGUAAUCCUUAUGCCACUGCUGUUGGUCCCGGCGGAUAUCCGACACCAGUUUCAGGUGGCUAUUCGACCAGUCCAGCAUCAUGUUACUCCAUGCCACCACCGCAACACAUACCACAACAUGACAAGUCAAAGGAUAGUUUGACUGGUUGCCCACGCACCGAUCGCAAUCAUUUACAACCCCAUUCACAAGAACUGAAAUGUCCCACCCCUGGUUGUGAUGGUUCGGGUCAUGUUACUGGUAACUAUUCAUCACAUCGUAGCCUGUCGGGUUGUCCACGUGCCAAUAAACCGAAAAGUAAACCCAGAGAUGGCCAGGAUUCCGAGCCAUUAAGAUGCCCCAUACCAGGCUGUGAUGGUUCCGGACAUUCUACCGGCAAAUUUUUAUCACAUCGAAGUGCUUCUGGCUGCCCUAUUGCCAAUCGUAAUAAAAUGCGUGUUUUAGAAGCCGGCGGUACAGUGGAGCAGCAUAAAGCAGCUGUAGCAGCAGCGACUGCUAUGAAAUUUGAUGGCUGUGGUUCUGCUUCGCAGGCUAUUAAAAAACCGAAAUUCGAUGAGGUCACCAUGGUGUAUCCCAAAGGCUAUACAGGCAUGGAAAUGAUGAUGAAUAGCGUGGGAUCUGCUUCAGCUAUGAACAAUCCCUUGGUGGGUGCCUCAUCAUCCAGCAGCAUUUCCACCACCACAGGCGUUUUACCCGAUAGCUUGCAAUCGGCCUCAUCGUCUUCUUCCUCCUCGAAUGUUAAUGGCGGAGAGAUUAACUCUGUAAUACGCCAUGAAAACGGUGAAGAUAUCAAUAGUUUGGAGGCUGAGAUCACCGAAUUGCAGCGUGAAAAUGCCAGGGUAGAGUCUCAAAUGAUGCGUUUGAAAUCGGACAUAAAUGCCAUGGAAACACAAUUGAACACCAGCGAUAGGGAGACAUCUCCGCUGAGUGCUCAUCAACAGCGUUCUCUCGCUUCGGUGACUAGCAGUGCUGGAGGAACAGCAGCUCUUGCUGCCGUCUCCUCCAGCACAACCACAGACAGUGCGCUUGCAGUCACCACCAACCACAACAGCAACGGUAACAACAACAACAAUGCCAGUAACGGAAGUAACAGCAGCAACAACAUCAGCGGAAGCAACGCUAACCCCCACAGCACCAGUAACGGACUCACAAACUCCUUCACCAGCAUCAACACCCACUUAGGCGCUACCACUGGAGGAGGCCCUGGUGUAAUAGGCAGCAGUUCAAAUUAUGAAUCUUCAAUAGCCGGCUCCUCAGCUCCCUCGAACAUCAACAAUUACUAUGAAAGUUUACGUAACAAUGUCAUCACACUGCUCGAACAUGUGCGCAUACCACCUAGUGGCCACAAUUCUGUAAGCUCUGUAGGUAAUAGCUUGUCCAGUGCUUCCUCGGUGUCAGCUGUCACAAAUCAACACACUGCCUAUGCCACACAUCCCUCACUAAUACCGCCAGGACCUUUGACUUCAACCUCAAUAGCCGCCAGUUCAGCUGUACCCAUGUAUAGCAGUUCUAUGCACCCUUUGUCUUCGGUUCAUACAAGUGGUAUGCAUCCACCGCCACCACCUCCUCCUCCACCACCUCACAGUUCGUCGGCUCAUCAUCCCUAUACGGUGCAUCAUCCGGCUAGUUAUCCCCAUCAUGAACCAUUCGAUUCGUAUAUUUCCAAGUUGCAAUCGCUGUGUGUACCGCCGGAUGUUUAUGCGCUGCCCGAUGAUGGUUCACGUCCAGUAUACGAUACGGUUAAGUCUAGUUUGCAUCAGGAUUAUACAGUGAUGCCAACGCCAAUAUAAAUACAAUAAUAAUAUAGAAAUGAUGUCAUUAUAAAUGUAGGGAAAUUGUAAGGAUAUUUCCUUACAUGUUUGUAU